AUGGCGGCGGCGGCGGGGGGCGGCAGGAGGGCCCAGGGCCCGCGGGGGGCGGCGGGGCGGCGGCGGCGGCCGCGGGCGGCAGCGGUCCCGGGCGCCGAGGGGAGGCCGCGGGCGGCAGCCGGCCGGGCCGUCGACGAAGAGGUGUCCAGCGAGUCCGAGACGGAGAGCCCGUUGCUGGGCCGGCGGCGGCGGGAGGCAGCAGAGGAGGAAGAGGUGGACGAGACGCCGCAGGAGAAGAAGCUGCGCCUGGCCAAGCAGUACCUGGAGGAGCUCCGCCAGUACGAGGAGGAGCGGGCGGCAGAUGAGGAAGAGGAGGAGACCCAACUGGUGGAUCUCAUCGGUGACCGGCUGAAGGAGGAUGUGCUCGAGCAGAAAGGCCGGUUGCAGCGCUUCGUUGCCAAAGACGUGCAGCCUCCAGAUCCAGCCAGCAUCCGAGUGCUGCGAGGGCACCAGCUGCCUGUCACCUGCCUUGUCAUCUCUCCGGAUGACAAGUUCAUCUUUUCUGCUUCCAAGGAUGGCUCCCUCAUCAAAUGGGAGGUGGAGAGUGGGAAGAGGCUGUGCAUGGUACCCGGCGGGAAGAAGGGCAGUGAGGAGCGGCACUUGGGGCACGCGUCCCACAUCCUGUGCAUGGCCAUCUCGUCAGACGGCAAGUACCUGGCUACGGGUGACAGGAACAAGCUGAUCAUGAUCUGGGAUGCAGCCACCUGCAAGCGGCUGCACAUCUUCACUGGGCACCGUGACGCUGUCUCGGGCCUGUCCUUCCGGAAGAACACGCACCAGCUGUACAGCGCCUCCCAUGACCGCAGUGUCAAGGUCUGGAAUGUGGCGGAGAACGCAUACAUGGAGACCCUGUUUGGGCACCAAGAUAUCAUCACAGGGCUGGACAGUCUGAGCCGGGACUGCUGCGUGACGGCGGGGGGACGGGACGGCACCGUGCGGCUCUGGAAGAUCCCUGAGGAGUCACAGCUCGUGUUUUGUGGGCACCAGGGCUCCAUUGACUGCAUCCAACUCAUCAAUGAGGAGCACAUGGUGUCGGGGGCCGAUGACGGGUCCAUAGCCCUGUGGGGGCUGACGAAGAAGAAGCCACUGGCUCUGGCCCGGCAGGCGCACGGCAUGCGGGAAGCCCAGGGCCUGCAGGAACCAUACUGGAUCUCAGCUGUGGCUGCGCUGCGCAACAGUGACCUCCUGGCUACAGGCUCUCACAGUGCCAGCGUGAAGCUCUGGAAGUGCGGUGAGGGAUUUCGGAAGCUGGAGCCCCUCUGGGACAUCCCCUUGGUGGGUUUUGUCAACAGCCUCAAGUUCUCAGCAACCGGUGAUUUCCUGGUGGCCGGCGUUGGGCAGGAGCACCGGCUUGGACGGUGGUGGAGACUCAAAGAAGCCAAAAAUUGCAUCUGCAUCAUCCCCCUGAAGCGGAUGGCAGCAGCCCCCAGUCCUGAAGCCUCCGACAGCUCCUAAACCGCUCGCCCUGGAGCUGUGAGAGCCGAGUCAUUAAACCUUGACCCUGGAGCUGAAGCCCCCAUCCUUGGUGCAGCCACAUCCUUGGCUGGCAGGACAUGAGGGGGGUGUUGUGUGCUCCCUUGCCCCUGCUGGCCCCUAUAUAGCGACGUGACUCUGCCCUCUGCGAGGGUUUAUCCCCUUCCUUCAGGUUUGGCUGGA